GAAUGGCUGAAAUAUGCCCUGAUUCAUAUUUCAUUAACUUGAUUCUCUGGUGCUCCCUAGCAGGUUGCAAAUCAUCAACAAAUGUUUUUCCAAAAGGACAAUUGAAGAAAUUAUAUCUGCUCUUGAGCAAGUGGCCUCAAAUAUGGCUGAUGAAUGGGUUACUGCGACAAUCCAGUCCUUGAAAAAGGCUUCUCCUACUAGCCUAAAAACCACCCUGAGAUCGAUAAGAGAAGGGAGAACACAAACUGUUGGGGAUUGCUUACGUCGGGAGUAUAGAAUGGUUUGCCAUGUCGUCCGUGGUGACUUCAGCAAAGACUUCUUUGAAGGAUGUAGAGCUAUACUGAUAGAGAAAGAUCAAAACCCAAAGUGGAUGCCUCCAAGUUUGGAACAAGUGCAUGAGGAGGCAGUUGAACAAUAUUUCUCCAAAAUUGAUGAUCCACAGUGGGAAGAUUUAAACCUACCGCCCAGACAUUCGCAUGGAAGAAAUAUUGAGUCCAAGCUUUGAUUGCAAUCUUGGGCAACAGUCGAACAGAGCCUCGGUGGUGGUCGAAACAACACAUCAUCUCAAGUUUGGAGAGUCUCUGCAGACUGGAGACUACCGAUGAAACAAAAGUAAAUAUGCCUCAUAGGUCACCUUUUAUCACGACACAAACUCUGUGUUGUUUAUUCAUGAAGUUAUACCUAAUUUACAAUAGUUAUAGUCGGCCUGUCGUUGUUAUGAUCUCUUUUGUUUCGGUGACCGCCCAUGAAAUUUGUAUGAGAAAUCAAAGAUUCUGUCAUCAUCAAA